CUCGCGAAGGAGAGCCGGGUCGUUGUAGUCGAACAAUGUGGCGAAUCUAAUUGGGCUUCAACACUCAAGAUUGAUACCGAAGCUGCGGAUGGCUCUCGCAAGGCUUACUCCCUCAAGAUCUUGAGGUCCGAAGACGCCGAGGAGCGUGUGCUGGGCGAGUACAUGUCCAUGCACGAGAUACACAAGACACUGCCCAGCAUCGCGCCACAGCCUCACGGAUAUGGCAAAUGCAGAGAAGAGAACGCACACUUUUACUUGUGCGACUUCCUGAACAUCGAUCACCAUCUCCCUAACCCCGAGCGCCUCGGAGAAAAGCUGGCCGAGCUUCAUCGAAAAAGUCAGUCCCCGACGGGCAAGUUCGGCUUCUACUGCACCACCUUCGACGGCAAGCUGCCGCUCACCACGACGUGGGACAGUAGUUGGACCUCCUUUUUCACAAGGCUUCUGCGCGAUGUGUACAAGCUCGACGUUGAGGUCAACGGCUUCUGGCAAGAGCUGGAUGAUGCCCUGCAAGUCACGUUCGACAAGCUGAUCCCGCGGCUGCUGAAUCCGCUCACGGCAGAAGGGCGGACCAUCAAGCCAUGCCUAAUCCAUGGGGACCUCUGGGAGUCCAACAUCGGCACCGACUCGCGGACAGGCGAAAUAUACAUUUACGACGCCUGCGCUUACUAUGCCCACCACGAGAAAGAAGUAGGUAUCUGGAGGUGCAGGCAUCACCAGCUCUUCGAUGGGGAAUACCGCGAACAUUAUUUCAUGAACAUUCCGCCAAGUGAGCCGGUCGGAGAAUAUGACGACCGGAACCGCUUGUAUUCUGUUGAGACGCUUCUCAUCAAUUCAGCCCAUUGCCCCGGGUCCGAGACGCGGAACUGGGCCUUGAAUGAGCUAAACUGGCUCAUCAACAAGUAUCGUGGAGAGAUGUAA